GUGGUUGGAAAAAAGUUUUCAUGGUAGUUUUCUUGCCAGUGUUAAAAAAAAAAAAAAGUUAGGUCCCAGUCGUUUGUCGACUCUCAUGAGAUUGUGUUGAAGCUGUCUGAAGACACAGCAGGGACUAGUACCUCUGAAGGAUGAUGGGUGAACCAGGUCCAGUGCAGAUUGUCACAGUGUGUAAGGAGGAUCACUCCUUUGAGUUGGACACGGAGGCUUUGGCUCAGAUCCUGUUGGCUCCCGAGGUCCGAGACAAACAUGUGGUGGUGCUCUCAGUGGCUGGAGCCUUCAGGAAGGGAAAGAGCUUCCUGCUGGAUUUCAUGCUCCGUUACAUGUACAGAAAGGGGGAUGAAAACUGGCUGGGUCAGGAUGAUGAGCCGCUCACUGGAUUUUCUUGGAGAGGUGGUUCAGAACCAGAGACAACAGGCAUCCAGCUGUGGAGUGAAGUUUUCCUCGUUGAAAAGAGCGAUGGAACAGAGGUGGCAGUGGUGUUGAUGGAUACUCAGGGAGCAUUUGAUGAUCAGUCCACCGUGAAGGACUGUGCCACCAUCUUUGCCCUCAGCACCAUGACCAGCUCAAUACAGAUCUACAAUCUGUCACAGAACAUUCAAGAGGACGAUCUGCAGCAGCUACAGCUGUUCACGGAGUAUGGUCGCCUGGCUAUGGACGAAAUCUUUCAGAAACCCUUUCAAUCUUUGAUGUUUUUAAUCAGGGAUUGGAGCUUCCCCUAUGAAUACACCUACGGCUUUAAAGGAGGCAAUGAAUUCUUGGAUAAACGGUUACAGGUUAAGGAGGCCCAGCAUGAAGAGCUGCAGACAGUGAGGGAGCACAUCCAUUCAUGCUUCAACAAAAUUUCCUGCUUCUUGUUACCUCACCCUGGGUUGAAGGUUGCCACCAGCCCUGCAUUUCGGGGGCAACUUAGCGAUGUGGCGCCAGAGUUCACAGAGCAGCUGCAGAGUCUGAUUCCUAAACUGCUGCAUCCAGAUCGUCUGGCUGAGAAAGAAAUAAAUGGAAACAAAGUCACCUGCAGGGGCCUGCUUGAGUUCUUCAAGGCUUACAUCAAGAUUUACCAGGGAGAAGACUUACCCCAGCCAAAGACUAUGCUUAUGGCUACGGCGGAGGCCAACAACCUGGCAGCUGUGGCAACAGCCAAAGAUCAGUAUUACAAGAACAUGGAGAAGGUCUGUGGGGGAGACUUGCCCUAUGUGUCUCCUGACUCUCUGGAGGAAAAGCAUCAGUUUUACUUCCAAGAGGCACUUCACGCCUUCUUGUCCACUAAGAAGAUGGGCGGACAGGAGUUUUGUGAUCGUUACCAAGCACAGCUGGAGAAGGAGCUGGACGAAAUGUGGCAGUCUUUCAGCAAACACAAUGAGUCAAAAAAUCUCUUCAGCGCUUUCCGGACACCUGCAGUGCUGUUUGUCCUGGUGUGCCUCCUCUACAUACUGUCAGGCGUGCUGCUUUUUGUUGGCCUGUCUACCUUCGCCGUGGUGUGUGACUGCACUCUGGGCGUGGCCAUGAUGGCCAUGCUGACAUGGGCCUUCAUCCGCUACUCUGGUCGGUACCGGACUGUAGGAGGAGCCAUCGAUCAGGCUGCUGGUGUCGUCCUCGAGCAGGCCACUGUGGUGUUGAACAAAUCAAGAGGGACAAGCACUGGUGACCAGAAGAAAUCCAGUUAGAGGACCUCUGAAACUUCUUAAUCUCAAUGCAGUGCAACCAGCACACAACACAAGCACACAUUCAUCACUAAAGCCUUAUCAUGCCACCCACUGGAGCAAACAUGCAGCUAAAACCACAUUGGCACAGGGUACAGUUGUGAUGCCAAUUCACCAGCAUCUCUAUUAUGCGCGUUACUCUGCCUGUUUAAUUCCAGGCUUAUAUAAAGGUGACUGGAUUCACUGAAGCAGGGAGUUAAACCAUCCCAGUCUCUCUCAUCCAUACUUCGUGUCUUAAAUCGACACUGCCAUCAUUUUACAGUUUUACAAUUGGUCUUAAUAGACAAGUCAGUGUUUACUUUUAAACUUAAAAAAAAAAACUCAUUUUCUGUUAUAGCUGAAUGCACCUUACAUGGCUGUAUAUUGCUCAGACGGGGGGCAGUCAGGGUGCUUUUCAAACAGAGCUUCUGCAGUAUAUCUUUAAAUAAUGAUCUUAAAUAAUGCUGGCUUGAAAGCUUAUACAUUUAUACAUAUUUCUUUGUCGCUAUAUUUUUUUACUUAUUGGCCUUAAAACAUUCCAUUUACUUUGUAGAUUUGCUUUAUAUUUGAUAUAAACUAGCAUUUCUAGACAGGUGAACUGUCACUACUUUGAAAGGAGAAGAGGAUACGCACUUUGUAUUUAGCACAGCAGAUUUUGGAAGCUGCGUGUAUUGGGAAUUCAGUUGUUUCAAGUGCUUUGCUGUUUAUUCCUUGAUGGAAACAUGUUACACUUGGUAGAUUUUGAUACUAUAUACUAGAGUGUUCUAGACAAAUUCUAUAUGGAAAUUUAUAUUCUGCAAAACUUUCCAACACCAAAGAUGACACGUUAUUGUAAUACUCAAAGGUGUUUACCACCCGACAUCAUAAAACUAGGAACCAAUCAACCAAAGAGAUGGCUUUAAAUGUUUGAAUUAUACUUCAGCCUUGUACUCCUGUCAGUUCAGUAAUCAGUAAAUAUAAAAUAUGGCCUACAAGGUAAACAGGAGAGUUUUAUUCCUUCAGAAAUUUAGAUAUUGCACUGGCUGCAGUGAACCCAGUGAGAAAACAUUUUGUCACUCAAACAUUGCAAGUCUUGAACAUACAUGGAACAAAUAACGAGCAGAAUAUUCAAAUAGACCAAAAUAUGAAAGAAGCAGUAGCAACCUACAGUAAAUGGGACUGUGUGGCUGUAACCCUGUGCUUUUUGUACAUGCACCUCAAUUUUCAGAAGAUUACAGCACUUGGACAGAUUAUAAUCAAAGUUGGUUGUCAAAAAUCCUUCACAUGCACUCAUGUUAGUAUGUUUGCACCUCAGGAUUUUUUUUUUUUUUUAGGGGCCUGUGCUGUCAGCUCCACUGUGAGAAAGCACUCUGUGAUAUAUCACUGUGAUGCAGCAUGUAAAGAUCACAUGGUUGAUCUGGCGUCAAGCAAAAGGAAUAUUUCAUCUAUUUCCCAGUCAAAACUUUGUCACUGUAAAACUUCUUUUUUGGUAAAAUAAAGGCUAUACAUUGCAUUCAAUCCAGCCUGAAACCAUUGCGUGCUCGGGUCAAAGAUUUGCUUCAAAUGACUGACAUGCAAUGGUUGCAUAACAUAAUCAGUUGAAUUUGGGCGGACUUGUUUCUUUCCAUUUAACCAAUCGAUCAAACAUAUUUUUCAAAAAUCAGUCACAGAGAAUUAAGAAGGUGGACUACACAGUGGAUUUAUUAGGUCUUAGUUUUCCAUUGUGGGACCAAGCAGGUUGUCUCAGGCCAACUCAGACUGAAUCAAGCAUUGGAUUAAAGGACUCAGAUUAUUUGCAACGAUGGCCUACAUCUCUGAAUAUGAUGAAAUGCAGAUUCUUUCAGAAACACUGGUUUGGAAAGCCGAACAGCAAGAAUUUCGUUCGGUAAAACACUAAGUGCUUAACCAGGCCAUGUCACACAAUCACACAAUCAAGUCACGCAAUCUUGUCGCCGCAACAUUGUUGGACCUGAGAGCAAAAGUGGAGUCCUGUAGACUGUAAUGAUUCUACAUUGUGAUCUUCAACAACUAAUAUAUUUUCUGUGCUCGAAUACAGAGCGGAAACACAAAAAGCUGGUUGACUAGGAACAAGUCGUACAGUCAUACAGGGCCAAAGUUACCAUUGAAAAAUAUGGAGGAUUAGGGACUUAGAAAUUCUCAGUCCAUGAUUUUGCACAUCCCACCUCUGUCCCUUUCCGCAAGAGGAGGAAGCUUCAGGAUGUUUUACAAGCACAUACGAUUGCACUUAACCUUCUCUUUGGUGCUUUUUGCACACUGCUCAUUCCAAAAGUGAAUAAAUGCAUAGUAUAUUGUGAUAAUGGCUAAUGUAAUCAUCUCUUGCAGGGGUUCGGUGGCCUUGACUUGAGAUAUGCUGUUUUAUGAAGAAUAAACAGAGCUUGAAAACCGUCCAUGCAUCUUUCCAAUCUGUUUUUUUAUGAAGUGGCACCAGGGACGAAACUCAGUUUAAGUCAUGUGAAGGUUGUGUUAAACUGAAAGGAGGAUACAGGCUCUUUUAAGGUCUCGAACCAGUUAGACCCACCAGCAGUUCAUCAACGGGGAAACGCUU